AUCAUUGCAUAAGAAUCAAAAGGGAAAACAAAAGACUUCUUGUUUGGGGCAUGCUGCUUAACUUUUGGGGGGUGCUUUUAACAAUUAAAGCAAAAUAGUGGAACUCCGACCGCCGGAUCUCCAUUCCGCCGGCAUUAUCAACUCCUAACAUGGCGGAGGAAGAUGAUGAAUUUCGGAGCUUAACCGAUCCAGAAUCUGACCCGGAUUCAAUCCCUAUGUUCUUCGAUAGAAAUCGGCAUAUUUGCUAUUUAGAGAUGAUGCUGGAACUCAUACCUUCACCUUAUCAAUCGCAAGAGAUCAAUCGCCUCACUCUCGCUUACUUCGCCAUCUCCGGUCUCGACAUCCUACGCGCCCUCGAUCGCGUUGACAAAGAAGGGGUGAUUAAUUGGGUUUUAUCACUGCAAGCUCAUCCACGAGAUGAAGCUGAAUUGAGCAAUGGACAAUUUUAUGGGUUCCAUGGUUCUAGGAGUUCUCAAUUUCAAUCGAAUGAAAAUGGGGAUGCAAUCCCCAAUGGCAGUCAUUUGGCAAGUACUUACUGCGCGCUAUCCAUAUUGAAGACCCUUGGCUAUGACUUUUCACUGCUGGAUUCCACAUCAAUCCUCAAAUCAAUGAAAAAUCUUCAGCAACCUGAUGGGAGCUUUAUGCCCAUUCAUAGCGGGGCAGAGACAGACCUCCGCUUUGUAUAUUGUGCAGCUGCAAUCUCUUCCAUGUUGGAAAACUGGAGUGGCAUUGACAAGGAGAAAGCCAAAGAGUACAUUAUAAACUGUCAGUCAUACGAUGGUGGUUUUGGUUUAACUCCUGGUUCAGAAUCACAUGGUGGUGCCACUUAUUGUGCGGUUGCUUCUCUCAAAUUGAUGGGAUUAAUUGAAGAUGAUAUAUUGUCGAAGAGUGUAUCCUCUUGCUUCAUAAAUGUGCCCAUGCUUCUAGACUGGAGUUUACAGAGACAGGCCACUGAUGGUGGUUUCCAAGGUAGACCAAACAAAGCUACUGACACCUGCUAUGCUUUUUGGGUUGGAGGAGUUCUAAAGAUCUUAGGGGCUCACAAGUUCAUCAAUUAUGGAGGUUUACGUAAAUUUCUUUUCGCCUGUCAAUCCCAGUAUGGUGGUUUUGGUAAAAUUCCGGAGCAGCUGCCAGAUCUUUAUCACGCCUACUAUGGCUUUUGCGCAUUUAGCCUGUUAGGGGAAGCUGACCUCAGUUCAUUCUGCGUUGAACUGGGUAUAACCAAUGGUGCAUGCACUAGACUUUGAUCCAAUUGGGCGUCUGCAGCCAAUACGAAUUUCGCCUCUCUCAUGAUUGCAAAGGUUUCCAUGUGCAGGUAUAACUAAGUUCCACUCCGGUUGAGUGGAGAUAAAAUUAGAAGUUUGGUAAUUAUUGAUACUUUCUACCUACUUGUUUUCACCUUUUCCCCUAUAUACUAAAAAUAUAGUUUAUUUGAUUUUUGAAAUAGAUGAUAUAACUUUGUUUUCACCUUGUUAUGUUCAAUCACAUUUGCUUCAUUUCUUUUAGCUUCUACUUC